UUGAUUUUCUUGUGAAUAUUGAAAAUUGCGCUCAACUAUUAAUUCACUUGAGUGAAAAACCGAUUGGACUUUUUUGGAAAAGUUUUUCUGUUUUGAACUUAAAUUUUUGAAUCUUGUUUUACAAAAUUUGACCUUUGUGCCUGUUGAAUUAUGAUGAACGAACCUUUGAAAGUGUUUUAUUUUAAUUCGCGAGCGAAUAAAUUUGUUUUCGAUGAGAAACUUUACUCUCAGUGGUUAUCAUCAUUCAAUGAAAAGCACCGAGAUUUACCUGUUGCUAUUGUUUCCAUUGUCGGUGAUGCGAGAAAAGGAAAAUCUUUUCUAUUGAACUUUUUCCUUCGAUAUUUACAACGAUAUGGUUAUGAUGAUUGGCUCUGGGAUCUCGAUGAACCAUUAAUAGGCUUUUCAUGGAGAGACGGCGUUGAAAGAGAUACUGUUGGAAUCGUUUUAUGGCCUGAGCCCUUUGUACUAACACGAAAAGAUGGUUCUAAAAUUGUUGUUAUUUUAAUGGACACUCAGGGGUUUUCUAAUGAUUACGAUACAGUCGCCUUUUUCACCAUUUCAGCGAUUAUUUCAUCGAUUCUAAUCUAUAAUCAGAAGGGAAACAUCCAAUCAAAUGAUGUUACAGUUUUAUCCAAAUUCAUUGAAUAUUCUAAAGUACAUAUUGAUAAAGGAUUAGCCAGUGGAGUUGAGGUCUUCCAGCGAUUGUUGUUCGUGAUCCGUGAUUGGUCUAAUCGAAGGGCAUUCGCAUUUGGACUCAAAGGAGGAAAUGAUUACCUCAAAUACAAGAAAGAAAGUCAGAAAGAUGAAUUCUGUUCUUCAUGGGCCAACUUGGAGAAGUGUUAUUCGGACAUUGAUUGUUGUUUGUUACCUUCGCUUGGAGACAAAGCUGAAGAUCUUGAUUUUAAUGGAGAAUUAUGGAAAUUGAAACCUGAAUUUGUCCAAGCUCUUAGAGAACUAGCUUCAUCACUAUUGGCACCCGACAGAAUUGUCACCAAAUCAAUUGGAGGAGAAGAAGCUCAAUGUUGGCAAGUCUUAAAAAUCUUCAAGAAACUUGCAAAAAAUAAAGAAAUACAAUCAAAUGGAAGUACACGCGCUAAGGACGCCGUCAGGACAGGAGCUCCAAUCAAUAAUUUAAUGGAUUGGGUCACUAAUAAUAUAAUUAGAGGUGGACGUUUAAUUGCCGUAGCGGCAAUGGUAGCCAUUUAUACUCUUAUUCCGCGAAAGAAGCCUACAAAAAACUCAUAAAGUCAUGAGUUGUACUUUUCUCAACAUUUAUAUGAAAUCUCAACUUGAGUUUGAAAGACUCGAAGAGUACAAAUAAUAUUUAUUAAAUAUCUCAUUUGAAAGA